CUUUAGUCGGCAAUCUUAUUCUUGAGAACACUCCUGAUGUGGUGUAAUUCUUAUCAGCAGUAGAAAUAACAGUUUAAAAAAAUUUUAUCACCUAUAGUUCAAACAUUUGGUUUGUAUGAUACCAAAAAGCAUAGAAUCUUAUUUUUAUUUUCGUAGACCGGAUUUAGAGGGGAAAUAAUAAAAAUGAAAUUUUUCUUGAUCUGUGCAGGCAUUCUACUUUGUUUUGGGUUAACCAAAGCUGAAACCUGUAAUUGUGUUAGCUACCUAAUUUCCGAGAAUGGACUUUCAAGAGAAAACAGAAUUACUUCAACUGAAUAUGAUAUCGAGAAUACCAAAUGUGAUGGGGAUGGUAUCAUGAAGUGUAAAGAUUUCUGCGUUGAAAUGUACGCAGAACUGACAGACGGCGGCAAAACAUGCGUCGUGAUGCCGGGAGAUCACCAAAAAGUUGGAGAUUGGAUGUGUCAAGCCCUCAACAGGAACGUAUGUAAUGCACGAGUUGGAAUUUUCGUGCAGAGCUGUGGCAGUGAUCCGGUCGAUACAGGUUUCCGGUUUAAGGAAAGCAUAUGCUGCAAAUCGGGAAAAAGCGCGCAUUGUUAAAGAGUUCGUGGCUUUUUGCAUUUAAACAUACUAUAGCUCAAGCAUUUAUGAUGUAAGUCUGAAAUGUUCAGAUUAAAAAAAGGCAUCAUUUUGAA